UCCCAAAUAUUCAUACACGUAACGAAUGUGUGUCUUAUCUGUCGCAUCCUUCUCCACGAAAUAACAGUCCUCACAGUGAGGAUAACUUUCCAAUGAUCAUCCUCAUGUAUCGAAGGCAUACCUCCAACGUUAGACAUCGCCUUCGCGCAAUGCAAGUGUCCCCUUGGCGCUACGACACAUGCCUCAAACGCCACUUCCAACGAUUUGGACGCCCAACAUCGGAAACAUACCUCACCCUCAAACCGUGCAUCGAUCAUGCCGUACAACCCUCACGGGGUCGCAGGCCAAACAUAGCCAUCCUCGUGACCCCCAUGGGCAAUGCCCAUCACCCUCCUCGUUCGUCGCGCAGACGGCUCAUGCCGUCGCUUGUUACUGCGACACCCAGAUACUGCCACGGCGGCAUAGUCCCACUGCCCACAAUCUCAGUGAGCGACUCCACGCGCGACAUUUGUAUGUCACGUCCGCUGAAGGGUGCGCGACCGGCACCCGUCGCGGUCGCACGUCUCCUUUCGCGAGUCUGCGAGGAAGGAAAGACUCCUUUGGAAUGGGAUAUGUUGUCGUAUGCAUUGCUCCCACGACCGUGUCUUCAGGAUGGCGAGUGGGAUGUCCAUCGGCCUCAACAAUCCCGCUACCUCGUUGAACGGCACAUCCCUCGUCAUCUCCAUGCUCGGAGCACAUUACCCCUAUACAUUCACCACCGUCAACCGCAUGCUUCGAACUCCCGUCAUGGGCAGCAAAUGCGGCCGCAGCGGAGCCUGGGCAACAAGUGACAACGAGACGUGGAACGCAAAUGGCGUUUUUCAUCGGUAUUCGA